UAAAACGAUUCAUUGUUAUAACAAUUUGAUGAUUGGAACUAGGAUCGAUGAUGUUGAAUUAGAAUUAGCAACAAAAACCACAUGUUUUCCAUCAUUAUAGGUAGUAUGAAUAUGACAACGCUCUCAUCCGUAUGUUUAUCAGUAAUAGAAGCACAGUUAUCGUAAAAGUAAUCCGUAGCACAUUUAAGAGCAUCAUAUAUGCACAAACAGCAAUUUUUAGAUUAUUCAAACUUUAUAUAUUGUCUUAGACGAGCGGAGUACGGUAUAAGGAAAAAAACAAUUGCUAAAAAAACCAAGCACCCAACCAAGUUUAAUGGAUCGAUAUUAAACUUAAAAACAAGUUACUCGCAUAUUCAUAAAAAAAUAUGACUAAUACAACUAUCUUUGCAAUCCAUCAGACAUUCACCAUCGCUUACACAGAUUUCUGAUAAAACAGUACCAUCGAUACGAUUUGUAUUUUGCAACAUUUUUGAACUAUUCAAAGCAAAGGUUAGCAUUUGAUUACCUCCAGCACCUCAGAAUUAGCACAUUGAAUUGUAAUGAGCCUUCCUACAAUUACGUUGCGAAUAAGUGCACCCCAUUGCAUAUAAUUGAAAUACUGUUCGAUCGCGAAUCACCUCAUUAUCGACGAAAUCGAGGUCUGUUUUCGCAAUCUCUUUGUGCCUUUCAGGAGGUUCCACACGGCUGAACUUGAAGGAUGGCUCUGGUGUUGAAGUUUAUCCAAGAAACCUACAAACACUAUUACGAGGAUGCACAAGAUCCGCGAACGAAGACUUUGUUCCUAAUGAACCCUCCAUGGGUUCCACUGGCCGUAUUAGUAGCAUACCUAUAUUUUGUUCAGAACCUAGGGCCCAAACUAAUGAGUCAUCGGAAACCAUUUAAUCUCCGUUAUCCCCUGUUAACAUAUAACAUACUUCAAGUGUUAGCGAACAUUUAUCUCGCAUACCAAGGUACAGUACUUGCCUUUCGGAAGCCAUUAUCUUUGAGGUGUGAUCCAGUAAGCUAUUCAAACCAUGAUAUUUCAAUGGCUGAGCUUCGUUUAGUACAUUACUAUUGUCUGUUGAAGGUUGCGGAUCUCGCGGACACGAUAUUUUUUGUGCUCCGUAAGAAGCAAAAUCAGGUCUCAUUUCUGCACGUGUACCACCACACAGGGAUUCUGCUGUCGACAUUCAUCUACUCGCGGGUCUAUCCGGGUGGCCAUUGUGCCCUGCUUGGUUUGGUCAACACAUACGUACAUGCAGUGAUGUAUUUCUAUUUCUUCCUGGCAGUUUAUCGCCCAGAGCUUACCAAAAAUACUCGCUGUAAAAAAUAUAUCACCAUCCUGCAGAUGGCUCAGUUUGCUGCAAUGAUUGUUCACUUUGGUCGGCCCGUGCUGCUAGGCUACGAGUGCGGUAUUCCCCAUACUUGGUUCUGGAUGGGCUCUCUGCAGAAUCUUUUUAUGCUAGUAAUGUUCGCGGAUUUCUAUUCGAAAACAUACAGGGCACGAAAAGUCGACUAGAGCCUACAAUGUAAAAAAAUAAAAUUAUUGAAAUUAAA